AUGGCAGCACCCCUUGUGAGCGACUCGAAAAGGGUCCUUCUGUUCAUGAUGAGGAAACUUUCCAUCUCAUUACAAACUAGAAAAAUUUACAAACUCAUAGUGACACUCCUGAUUUGUCUAUUCAUACCCCUCAUCAUCAUUCAAUCCCGCUAUUCUGAUAACGACAGUAUAAGAAGCAUCAAGUACAAAUAUAAUAGCCUUCAGAAUAUCAAGACUGUAGCACAGAAGAAGGACCUCCUCAACAUUGACCUUACAAAGACUCUCAGGUUUAAAGACUUCAAUCGUUCUCCCGUUCAUAUAGAGACUCUGGGUCAAAAAUAUACGGAAAAUCAACUCUUAGGUUACGUUUCCAAUUUGGAGAGUCAGGGUGGGAAGGACAGGGCAACUAUUGGGGAUUAUGAACGUGAAGCUACGUGUGAUACAUUGCAGUACAUAAACAAAGUCGAAUAUUCCAAAGAAACUAAAUAUUUACCUUUAGAUUUGGUUAGAGUUCGUAAAGAGUUAAUGACGAACCCUAAAUUCGAAUUCUUGCGUAAACAAAUGCAUGCUAACAAUGAUGCUGAGAAGGAUCUAUCUGAUUUGGAAAUUGUGCAGAAAUAUUGGUUUACUUUUGGUGGGGUCAGUGUUUGGUCCGAUGAAUAUCAAUGUUUCUUCGUGUAUUCAAGAGUUAUCUUCUCGAAAAUACCAAGAAGAAACCAUCCUCAUUUUUCAUUGGUAGCUGCUCAGGCUUUUGAUAAAAAUUGGAAUGAAAUUAUUGGAUUGAAAGUACCAUAUGUCGAUCUUAAUAUACCGGCUGAUGUGGAAAAGGAAUUGGAAAAAUUAGAUAAUGAUCUUGGAUUGUAUAAAUGUGAUCAUUUGAAAGCCAUUGGUAAAGAUGCAUCGUUUGAUAAAUGUGUCGAAGAACAAACAAAGAUCAAAUUAAAGGCUGAAAAGAGAAAGGAUGAAAUUAUUUCCAAAUAUUUUAGAAUGUAUCCCUCCGUGUUGGAAAUUGAAUUUAAAUCAGCUGACAAAUCUUAUCUGGGUCCAGAAGAUCCUCACGUUAUCAUGAAAGGUGGUAUAAAUGGUGAUGGUAUCGAGGAACCUUUGGUCUUUUUCAAUAUGUUGGAUCAUUAUAGUGAUUCCAAUAGGAGAAUGUUUACAUUUUCACCACAUAGAAAGACGGAACCAAUGAUUAGGAUGACAAUAAAUGGUAGAAAAGUUAAAAGAAUAGAAAAGAAUUGGGCCCCAUUUUUUGUUAAACAAAGUAAUACGGAAAGUGCAUUCUCCAGAGGUACCGUUCAUUUAAUUUAUUCGUUUUUCCCAUUAGAAAUCUUGAAAUGUUCAUUAAAUGAUGGGAUUUGUGAUACGGUUUUUGAAGCUGAUACAUUAGAAAGUACAAAGGAAAGUGAAUUCCUAAGUAUGCGUGGGUCAACACAAUUUUAUAAACUACCUUCGGAUUUACCCCAAGUGAAAGGCAAACAAAUAUGGGUAGGUUUCCCCAAGUUCCAUUUAAAUGGUUGUGGUUGUGGUUUCAAAUAUUAUAGACCAAUGAUUUCCGUAUUAGUGGAACAUAAUGGUGUAUAUAAUCUGGAGUUGGUCGUACCAAGUUUAGAUUUUGGUAUUAAUGUUCUCUCUUGGGAUUUAAAGGGUCAUUAUUGUUUUGACGUUAAUGUCUUGAACCCAAACUCUAUUAACUAUUGGGAAAUUGUAAAUCAGAAUCCAAAAACACUUGAAUUUGAUGAUUACAUGUCUCUGACAGUCAGUGAAGCCGAUUCAAAUACAGAGAUUGUUGUGGUAAAGGGUUUGUUGAACUAUGUCCUCGGAAUAUACAGAGACAAACCAAUGAAGGAAGAUUUCGAAAUAAACAAAUCAUCAAAUAUGAUUAUCGGGAAGACAGUAGGAUGUGUGGCUAAGGCAACAAGGGAUGACUGUAAGGAAUAUGGUAAAACGCAUCCUGAAUCUGACAAAGAUUCUUAG